AUGGGUAUCAAACAAUUGAUGUCCAUCAUCAAGGAUGAAGCUCCUGAUGCAGUUAAGGAAGGAGAAAUCAAAAAUCAAUUUGGUAGAAAAGUUGCCAUUGAUGCAUCCAUGUCCAUCUAUAGUUUCCUCAUCGCCGUCCGCUCUGGAGGUGAGAUGCUCACAAACGAAGAUGGCGAAACUACCUCUCAUUUAAUGGGCAUGUUUUACCGCACCCUCCGUAUUGUCGACAACGGUAUCAAACCAGUCUACGUAUUCGAUGGUGCGCCACCGAAACUCAAGUCCGGCGAAUUAGCAAAACGUUUCCAGCGCAAAGCAACUGCAACAGAAGGACUUGAAGAAGCAAAGGAAACUGGUACUGCAGAAGAUAUUGAGAAGUUUUCAAGGAGAACCGUUCGAGUUACGAGAGAACAUAAUGCAGAGUGUCAGAAAUUGUUAAAGUUGAUGGGUAUCCCAUAUAUUAUUGCGCCAACAGAGGCAGAGGCACAAUGUGCUGCGUUGGCUCGAGCAGGAAAGGUUUAUGCUGCGGCAAGUGAGGAUAUGGAUACUUUGUGUUUCGAUUCUCCCAUUCUUCUUCGACAUCUCACAUUUAGUGAACAGCGCAAAGAGCCUAUUCAAGAAGUUAGUUUGGAGAAAGUUCUUACUGGAUUAAAUAUGGAUCGCAAGCAAUUCAUAGAUCUCUGCAUCCUCCUCGGCUGCGAUUACCUCGACCCUAUACCCAAAAUCGGUCCCCAUACCGCCCUCAAACUCAUCCGCGAACACGGCGAUCUCGAAACCCUAGUCGCAUGGAUCACCGCCGAUAAAAAAGAACGUUAUGCCAUCCCCGAAGAUUGGCCAUACCAAGACGCCCGCGAGCUAUUCUUCAAACCCGAUGUUCGUCCCGCCGACCACGAGGAUUGCGAUUUCAAAUGGGAAGCCCCGGAUAUUGAAGGACUCGUCAAGUUCCUCGUUGUCGAAAAAGGGUUCUCGGAAGAUCGUGUCCGCAGCGCUGCUCAAAAACUCACCAAGAAUUUAAAAUCAUCACAACAAGCUAGACUCGAGGGAUUCUUCAAACCAAUCCCAAAAACAGAUGAAGAGAGAGCGAACCUGAAACGUAAGAAUGAUGAGAAGAACGAGGCAAAGAAGAAGAAGGUCAAGGACGAGAAGAAGGAAAAGGCAAAGGCGAAAGCAAAGCCGAGAGGAACUGCUUGA